AUGUCUGCUCCAUCCCUUCCCGCGUUAUUCGGUAGCGUAUUGAAGACCACAACGAAGCUCGCGGAACUUCCUACCAUGGAAGACCAAACACAGGAACUCGUCGAGGAAUGUUUGAAGAAUCUCAGGGACCUCCACUCUCAUAUAAUUGAUUUGUCUAUAUUCAGUCCAAAUGAAACUUUGGAGGACAUUUCGACUCGAGAUCUCGUGUACCUUGCCGUGCCCUAUGUAUUUGCUGAGGUGCAAGGGCGCAUGAAGACUACAGUCAGGGUAGAUCGUAUGAAUUCACUCAUUCAGGCGGAAAGAUACAUACAGAACUUUAUUGGAUUGUUGGAAAAGUAUGAGAUCGUUCCAGAGGAUGAACGUACUCUCUUCGAUCGUAAGACGGCGAAUGUGGCAGAUUUUUCAAAAAGAAGGGAACUGAAAAUUAAUCAGUACAAGAAAGAGAGGGAAUUGAAGGCCAGAAUAGACACUAUCCGAAAACGAAGGCGUCAGAUAACAUUGCCUGAAGAUGCAUCUUCCGACUUUGACCUGUUGGCGUCGUUGCUUUUCGCUGAAUCGAAUGAUACUCCAAAGGAAGAAGAGGCCAAUUCAGAAACUGAGGAAAUACUUCGUGAAACGACUCUACUACUGCUUCGGUUGCUGUAUGCUCAUGCGAGCGGACAACUGCAGAGCAUGGAGCAAGAACUAGACCUCCUGCGGAAUGCGCCUCCUAGUCCUAUAAUGGGACCCGAUGAGCAUGAAGACGAACGAAGCAAAAAGAGGAAGGAAGAAGCAAGCGAAUGGAAAUUGGACGUACCAGUCCCAGGAGGGCCAGAUGGAAAGGGGCCUCUGCUUGAUUCCAAAGGAAAGCCUCUCCGCCCAUUUACAAUCUUGCCGUCCGAUGCUGUUGACCGAGCGCGUUUGCAAGCACAAGUAUUUGGCCCAGGGCAUAGGUUGCCGACUAUGACAAUAGAAGAAUAUCUGCAGAUCGAAAAGCAGCGAGGGAAUAUCAUCACGGGCGGAGGUGCUGCCUCUCAAAAUGCUCCUACGUCCUCAGAAAAGUUGGCUAAUGAAUCAGAAAUGGACGGAACGUUGGAAAGUGACCUUAAAUCAGAGAUUAAAAGACAGAAGGACGAGAAUUGGGCAAGGUUCACCGACGAGAAUCCGAAAGGGGCCGGUAACACGAUGAAUAGAGGGUAA